AUAUAUAUAUAUAUAUAUAUAUAUAUAUAUAUAUUUUCUGCCUGCACACAGUUUACUAACACACCUUUUAUUUUAUAUGUAUUUUGUUUUGAUCGGCUACUUUCGGUUAAUAUACCUUUACUGAAACAUGCUGAGUUGUCUUAAAUUCCCUAAAAUGCUAGUAAUUCCAAGACCAAUGUAAAGUGAAAUAUUUAAUAACAUAAUAAAACAUACAUUACAUAUGUCAAGUAGGUUGAAUGUAAGAUAAUUUAUUUAAAUGUUACUUUGUAUACUCAUAAUUGUGAUGGACAUUUUGCUUCUUAAAUUAUUUAUGUAUGAUACUGAAAAUUUAUACUUCCUUUGUAAAGCCUUUUUUACCAUGUUUGAGCAAUGGGAUUUUCCAUGUACAUGGGGAUCAAAACAAUGGGUAUUUCAUUUUUUUAAAUUGCUUUAAAUUACUCAACAUUUAAACAUUACCAUAAACAUUGCUUACAAGCUCUCAAAAGUUUGGGAUUGCCAUUUCAUGCAGUGUGUUUUACUUUUUUGUUGUUGUUGGUGGUGGUGAUAUUUAUAUGCAAAACACCAUAAAUAAAAUAGGCAUAUUCCAAAUCUUGAUGUCAGAUCUUGAUCCUAGCAAACUUUAAAAUGCCAUGAUUUUUUUUACUACACCAGGAGCUGAUUACGUUUUGCUGUGUAAUCAGGCCCUGCAUGAGAAUAAUUCUUAUGAGACUGCUCUUAAAUUGGCUUAUUUAGGGUUUCAUUAACCUUCUUCCAAUAAAUAUUACAAAGUGCUGUAAUUCAAUAAAAUUAUUCUGCUUAAUAAUAAUGACUAAAUGGCUAGAUGGUUAAUUUCCCUUUAAGUCCUAGUACAUAUGUAUUAAUGCAACAGAUAAAGAAGGCAAGAGACUAAGAGUCAUACAUUAAUAGAACGUGGAAACAGAAAAGGGAAGUCUAGUUCUUAUUCAAAUGUUCUCACAUGGUUAAUUACCUCCAGUCAAAGACAAAACAGCUAUUGAAGAUCAUUAAAGGAGUUGAAGAUGUUGCCACUGUUCUCACUUUUCAUAUUGUUUCUGAAGACUUCAUGUGUAUGUUCUUGGCUUGCUGGUAAAUGCCUGUUCUACAGUGAUGUGGAAGAGUUUGCUGUUUCCACGACCUGUCCUGGAAAGACAAACGUUGCAGAGUGCCAUCAUGUCACUGACAUUAAAGAAGAUCUGCGUGGACUUCCAUCAAACUUGCUUAACCUCUGCAUUAAAGUGGAACAAGGCUGUCAUGGUGCCCUGACUCCAGGCUCAUUCUCACGGUUUGUUUCUUUGGAAUACCUUGAAAUUGCUGGAUGUUUUUCAGAGAUCCCUCCAGAGGCUUUUAAUGGAUUGACCAAUGUUACUUCAUUAACAUUGUCUUACUUGUCUUCAGAAAUCUGUUGUGAGGUAGCUCUUGAUUUCAGUCAUCUUCUGUCACUUAACUCUUUGUCUCUUUCGCGGUACAGUUUAUCAUUAUUGGCACCAAAUGUUUUUGAAACAGCUCCUCAGUUGCAAGAAAUAAACAUACUUAAUGUGUGUUUAAAGGAUAUAUCUGAGGUCCUCUGUCGACUGACAAAAGCAUCAUCCCUGAAGCUGUUUAAUCUAAGGGAAUAUGAGCUACACAGACUUCAGUACCCAAACUGCUCAAUGUUCAACACUUCUGAUGCUCAGAUACCGACUACUUUCAAUAUUGAAGAGUUGCAUUUGUAUCUAGGACGAGUAGAUCAUAUAGACGAGGGAGCCUUAGACGUGUUGGGAAACCUCUCCGUUUUGGAAUUUGUUUCAAACAAUGAUUUCCUCAGAGAUCUUUCUUUAAUUGGAGUUCAUAAAAUCAAUACUUUAAACAUCAGAGUAAAUGAACUUAACGUUGAUGACUUGUGUACAGCAGCAAAGUUAUAUUCAGUUGUGUCUUUAGACAUUCGUUAUAUGACUAUUCAGUUGCCACCAACUCCAAUUAAUAUAUCAGAUGGCUGUAAGGAUAUUAAGAGAAUUAAUCUCAAGGGUAACAUAUUGAUAGCCAAGAUUGUAAAUGUCUUAGAUGUGCAUUCAGUGUUUCAGAUUUUCAGAAAUCUAACUAUUGUGAGCAUAGUUAAGCAUGUACUCAGACCAAAUGAUUUCCUAUCUCUAUGUGAUUCAUUUCCACAGACAGUCAAAAAUCUUUCUUUUAUGAUGCUAAGCACCAACAACAUAGAUAAGAUAGUAUCCCACCAAUAUUUCUGUUUUGCAGAUCUUGAAAUUCUGUACUUAUCCAAAAGUGACAUUUCUAGAAUAGAAGAUUUUGCUUUUAUUGGACUGCACAAGUUAAAAGAACUAAAACUCAGUGAAAACAAGUUAUCUUACAUUUCUCAAAAAAUGUUCAGUGGUUUAUAUAGACUUCUGGUCUUAGAUCUCCAAGAAAAUCCUAUAAUUAAUAUUGAACCAAAAUCAUUUGGACAUCUCAUUAACCUUUGUUCAAUUCUGCUGGGAGAUCUGAACUUUCCACCUGAUGUGCCUCUGAUCAGACUGCAUUUUUCUGACAUGUUUGAAGUUAUUCCAUAUAAUUUAAGUAAUGUUUUUAUUAGUUCAGGCGUGAGGCCAAUGCAGCUAGUGAUCGGAAACAAUGCUACAGUGGGUCAGGGUCUAAACUUACACAUCAAAAGUAAAUAUGUGACCGUUGAGGACUGCAACAGUUCUCUCUUAAAAUCAGUAGUCAGUCUUAAGAUAAAUGCAGCAUAUGUGAACUGUGGAAAUGAAUUCAUUGGGAAAUAUAUCAGAUCUGUUGUCAAUCUGGAAUUUGAAUCAAUGUUCUCAGACAGCAUUGGAGACUUGGCUGUAAUCAAUCAGCUUGUUCAUUUAAAAACCCUAAAACUGGAAAAUAUUGACCUGACGAAGCAGCCAAACCUUGCCAUAAUGUUUCACAAUCUGACAAAACUCCAGACGCUGAUCCUGACAAACUGCAGAAUGUUCUUUCUGGAUGAAAGUCUGACCAAAGACUUGAAAGCAUUGAAGGGUCUAGUGCUUAUGCCAAAAGAUAACAUCAACGUUCUUCAAAACUUGAUGGAACAUCUCACUAGCUUGAAGUACCUCUAUCUUCUAAACUUGGGUCUGUACUGCAAUUGUGGUAAUGCAUGGCUGGUCUCAUGGGCAAAGGACAACAGGAAGGUGCAGGUUGCCAUGUUCAGGCCCUCCAUGAAAGAACUGCAGUGUUUCACCGAGAAUGAAAUUGGCGACCUCAACUUUGUUGCUUAUUCCAAGAGCUGCUCAUUUGAUAUUGAAUUUAUAUUCUUCACCUCCACCUCAGCAUUUUUGUGUGGUUUUAUUAUAGUUGUCCUGUCAUAUAAGUUUGCAGGUCAAUACGUUGCGCCAUUCUUUCACAUUGCCAGCGGAUGGUUUCUAGAGGCUUUGCGCAUGAACAGUAAACACCAGUACCGCUAUGACGUUUUUGUGUCUUACAGCAGUAAGGAUGAGCACUGGGUCAUUGACAAACUUCUUCCAAACUUAGAGCAGCGGGGCCCUCCGUUUUUGCGUCUCUGCCUGCACAGUCGAGACUUUCAGUUGGGACAAGAUAUUGUAGAAAACAUUACGGACAGCAUCUAUGCAAGUCACCGGACUCUUUGUCUCGUCAGUCACAACUACCUCGGCAGCAACUGGUGUUCCUUGGAGAUGCAGCUGGCCACGUACAGGCUUCAAGUGGAACACAGGGACAUUCUCAUCCUGGUCUUUCUAGAAGGGAUUCCGUCUCGCUUGCUAUCCUCUCAUCAUAGAUUGGCCCGUCUGGUAAAAACUAGAACUUAUCUAAACUGGCCACGGGACCUGGAGAUGCAUGAAGCAUUCUGGGAUAGGUUGUGGUGUAAACUGAGCUCUAAUGAAACCAACUAGUAUAAGGUUGUUUAGGGUUUAGCUCCAUGGGAAAAAAAGAAAUUCAACGACAGAUGGGUAAGAAAACAAAAUCUCUAAAACACUGAUAUUAAAAGCAUAAUCAAGUAAAACUAUUUUUGUACCUGUAUUUACUUUUUUAGCAUGUAUAAAAAAUGUUUAGCAUGUGUAAUAUUGAAUAUGAUUCAUUGGGCAAACAUGAUAUUUGGCUUUUGCAGUUAAUCAUUUCACAUCUUUUAAAGUGUAGCACACUUUACAAUUUUUAUCAAUCACUUUGGUUCAGUUCUAAAAAAUAACUUUUUUUUUUUUUUAAUAAUAAGUUCAAAUGUGAACGAUUAGUUUCUUGUUCACAUCAGAUUUUGAUUUAUUAGUAAUUUAAACACUGUGUUUUUGGAACGUGUACAAAUGUCUACACUUUUGACAAUAACUAACAUUCUAAAUUUCACAUGUGUGAAAAUAAAAGUAUUAUUUUUCCCUUUGACUAAAAAAUUUUACUAAAAACAGAAAAAAAAGCAAUACUGAAACUUGUUGGUUAUGUGUAUAUGGUUACAUGCUGGAAACUUUUGGUUG